GCCGAACAAGUUCGCAAGCAUGUUUGAAGUUGGGGAGGAAAUUGGGGGUGGGAAUUUCGGGCGUACCUGCUCCGCCAUUGCGAAGAAAGGUGAGCUCAAAGGCAGAAAAGUCACCGUCAAGAUAAUUCCAAAAUCCAAGGUCUGUGAUGUUCAGGAAAAUCAAUUAAUCUGCUGCUUGAUGAUAAUCGAUGCGCAGAAAUUGGAGAGAAUUCACUUCUUUUAUUUCAUUUCCAUUUUCAAAUCCUUGCAGGCGUAACUGUUCCAUUCAUCUUUACUUUUCUGGUUAAUUUCGAAUCAGUAUGAAAUUUGUUGCCCUCGAUCACGUAGUUGAUUGAAUGUCGGUACUUCCUUCCACGCUUAUCGUUUUCACGAGCACUUUAGUCUAAACGAACCUCGCUCUCACCCAACCUCUGCAUUAAUUAGUGCUGAAAUGUGUCAAGUCUGUGAUCAUUAACUGAUGUCAAUUAUGCAGUACGUGUUUCAAUUUUGUUGAUUGUUCUUCCGGUUAGAUAUGGACUUUCUUGUUCGAUCAUGUGGGGUUAUGUGGGUUGAAACUUGACAGGGACAUGCUUAGCCCGGAAGAUCUAUGCGUUUCUAAAGCUGUUCAGGUAGUUGUUGGUAAUCAAAAACAGUAAUAGAAGGUAGAUAGACACUAGACAAUGAUUGAACACUUGAUAUGUCCUGGAUUAGGCAUUGAGCUGUGGUAAAAUUUCUUGUGGUUUUUACUCAUUUGUGUGUUAGAAUUUUACUCUGUUGUUAGAGUUUUCCGAUUGGAAAAGCUUAUGAGGUGAAGUUACUAAAAAUAAUGUGUAUCAGCUAUAAUAGAAGCUUGUUUAUUAGUUUCUUGAAUGCUUGGUUGGUUGUUGAAGUAAAUACACCAUGCCCAUUUAUGGUGACGGUGAUGUUCUGAUAAAAAAACGUGAUUAUAAAUUGUAUCUUGACUUGGGAUAUGUGUAGGGCACUGAUCCACAUUUUCACAUAACCUAAAUUAUUGAUUGUGGAUGUUGUUUGAUUGAAUUCAGGUUGUGAUCUUGUCAUUCUCUAUCCAACUUUCAAAGUGGAUAUAUGAAUGAAACAACAUAUUCUUGAUUGCAAUGUGACUGAAUUUGUAUAAAUGGAUGUAAACGAAAUAGUGGUCUAUAGUUUCUGGUAGACAUUAGAAUUUCAAAACAUUGUUACAUUGAUCAGGAUAAGUUCUGUUGAUAAUCCUAAGAUUUAUUGCAGUGAAUACCGACUAAUCUUGGUCAUGCCUAAUGGUAACCUAAACUUGAGUGUUUCUUUUCGACCUGGAUUGGGUUUGGGAGUUUGGAUUUUCUAUUUUAAAAAUAAUUGAUAUGAUAUUGUAUGAGGGUAAGAACUCUUUUUUUAUUUUUUUGGGGAGAAUGUAGGGUUCAAAUAGUAAAGAAUAGGAAAAAAAACUCAAAAGAAACACACCCGGAUAGUUGCAAAUCCAUUGCUUCUUGUGCUUGAUGACAGCUUCUAUACCUGUUGAAGGCAUCAGAAGAGAGGUUUUAAUAUUACAAUCCUUGACCGGACAUCCUAAUCUCGCAGAAUUUUAUGGUGCAUUUGAAGAUGGUGAUAAUGUCUAUAUAGUAAUGGAGUUGUGUAAUGGGGGAGGGCUUCUAGAAAGGAUGCUAGCAAGAGGUGGGAGAUACGCAGAAGACGAUGCGAAAGCUAUUAUUAUUCAAAUUUUGAAUGCUGUAGCUUUUCUCCAUCUCCAUGGUUUGGUGCACUCUGAUCUUCAACCAGAGAGCUUUUUAUUUAACUCCAAAGACAACGAUUCUCAGCUAAAAGCUAUAGAUUUUGGACUAUCAGAUUUUGUAAAACCAGAUAUAAACCUUAUUGGAAGUGCCUAUUACGUCGCACCAGAAGUUGUACAUCGAUCAUAUGAUACACCAGCUGAUUUAUGGAGCGUAGGCGUUAUAACAUAUAUCCUUUUAUGCGGCAGCCAGCCAUUUUGGGAUCAAACAGAAUCCAGUACCUUACGAGCAGCUCUAGAAGGCAAUCCAACAUUUGAAGAACCUUGGCUUUCCUUAGCUCCAGAAUCGAAGGAUUUUGUCAGGUGCCUAUUGCGCCCGAACCCCAGCCAAAGAAUAUCGGCUGCGCAAGCUCUAUGUCAUCCAUGGCUGCAGAAACAUGUCAAAAUCAAAGUCCCGCUAGAUAUUCUUAUUUUUCGGCACAUGAAAUCCUACAUGCAAUCUUCUUAUCUGCGUAAGGCUGCUCUAAAGGCAUUGUCGAAGACACUGACAGCUGAUGAACUCUAUUACCUGAAGCAGCAAUAUGCACAGAUGUAUCCUGAUGAAAGGGGUGGAAUAACUUACGAGACGAUAAAAAUGGGACUUGCGAAAAAUGCCCCGGGUGCCCAGAAGCAUCACAUCGCCGAUCUUCUAGAACCUCUAAAUGCUCUCCAGUACAGAAGGAUGCAUUUUGAAGAGUUCUGUGCAGCUGCCCUAAGCGUCUCGCAAUUAAAGGCACUCGAUAAUUGGGGAGAUCGCACGCGCCGUGCUAAUGACAUAUUCGAGCAAAACGGAAACAGGGCUAUCGCCAUCGAAGAACUUGCAUCGGAACUCGGGAUCAGUUCUUCGACGACAGUCCACGACGUUCUGCAAGAGUGGGUUCGACAGGGCGACGGAAAGCUGACCUUUCGCGGCUUCGUCAAAUUGUUGUCCGGCCAAUCCACCAACGCUGUCUACAAAGACAGCAGUCAAGAGUUCAAGAAUGGCCAGCUCCGAUUACAGAAUUCAGGCAACACUGUAUUGUACGAUAAAUCAAUGAAUCUCGAGGGGGAAAUCAGAAACCGAAAAAUCAUACCUUCAAGAGGCGAAUUAACUUCUACUACUGUGAGACGUUCUUCGCAACUGGUCAUUGUUCGUUCAUCACGCAAGAAUUCACCUCAAUUCUUAUUUUCUAAUGCAGAUUCAAAUGUAAUAAUGGUGCUUCAGAUACCCCAACUACGUUCUUACAGGCUGGAGCAUUCGAGGCACGCGAAAUUCAUUUCAAAACAAGUAAACAUAGAUAAGUAUUUUCGAGCUUUUACUACAUUAUCUUUCCUUGUUAUACAGCUAGGUAGUAGUAAGUAGAAAGGCC